AGAAUUCCCCCCACUCCCCCAAUUCCUGACACCUUUGGGCUCUCCUGAGGGACCCCUCCCCCCUUUUUUUUUUUUUUUUUUUUUUUUUUUAGGAUUUUGGGGACCCCUCCCCCCAAUUUUUGGUGUCCCCUCCCCCAUGGACCCCCCCCGCUGCCCCUCCCCCCCCCAGGAGCCCCAAAAUCGCCGGAAUUGGCCCCAAAAAUUCCCCGAGCGGGGCCGGACGCAGCUGAGGAACCGCAGGUUCGCCGCCCUCAGGGAGCUGAUCCGAGAGGGCGAUUAUUUCAGCGAGGAGCGGAUGCGCCUCCGCGCCCCGGCGCUCUUCCACCACUACAUCGGGAGGUUCCGGGACCCCAAAAACCCCCAAAAUCCCCCCAAAAACCCCCAAAUUCACCCCAAAAACCCCCAAAUUCACCCCAAAAAUCCCGAAAAUCACCUCAAAAAUCCCCAAAAUGGCCCCAAAAUCCCCCAAAAUGGCCCCAGAACGUCCCCGGCGCUGCGGGAGCUGCUGCUCACGGCCCUGGAGGAGGCCGAAGCCGAGGAUGAGGAGGAUGAGGAGGAUGAAGAUGAGGAUGAGGAGGAUGAAGAUGAGGAUGAGGAGCAGCUCCCGGACGAGGCCGAGCAGGAGCUGCUGCGCCUCGAGUUCACCUCCCGCAUGCACCAGCGCUUCCUGGAGGGGCUGGACGGAGAUUUCGAUUACAGCCAGGUGGACGAGAACCCCGAGGUGGUGGCUCUGGAUUUGCUCUCGCAGGAUCUCGAGGAUCGAUAUUUCGAUGAGGAGGAGCCGGGCCCGGCGCCCCCGCUGCUCUAGGCGCCCCAAAAUCCCCACGUUUCACCCCAAAAAUGCCCCCCAAAAUCGCCCAAAAAUCGCCCAAAAUAUCUCCCAAAA